AUGGCUAUUCGUUUAACAGCUGCUCGUUCCUUUUCUAGCUCUGCCAGUCAACCUAUUUGGAUUCCUUUUGACAGAAACUCACUCCCAGAAGAUGAUCCUCGACGUAGUGAACAGUUUAUUGACGAAACAGACGUCGUUAUUGUUGGUGGUGGUCCUGCCGGUCUUUCUGCUGCUAUUCGCUUAAAGCAAUUGGCCAAUGAGCAAGGCAAAGAAUGUCGCGUUAUGGUAGUUGAGAAGGCAGGCGAAAUUGGUGCUCAUACAUUAAGUGGCGCUGUGAUAGAACCUAGAGCAUUGGACGAAUUGAUUCCUGAAUGGAAAGAAAAAGGAGCCCCAUUAAAUACACCUGUCACCAAAGACAACAUGCGCUUCUUGACUAAAUCACUCUCUAUUCCUUUACCCCACCCUCCUCAUAUGAACAACAAGGGCAACUAUAUUGUUUCCUUGAGCAAUUUUGUCAAGUGGUUGGGCGAACAAGCUGAAGAAUUGGGUGUUGAGAUUUACCCUGGUUUUGCUGCAAGUGAAGUCCUUUACAACGAGAAUGGUAGUGUAAGUGGUGUUACGCUGAAUGAUGUUGGCCUGGAUAAAAAUUUUGAGCCCAAGGAUACUUAUGAAAGAGGUAUGGCUGUCAAUGCCAAAGUAACUCUUUUUGCUGAAGGUUGUCACGGUUCUCUCACCAAGACAUUGACAAAGAAAUUCGGAUUAAGAGAUGAAAGUGGACCUCAAAAGUAUGGUAUUGGUCUUAAAGAAGUAUGGGAGGUCUUGCCAGAGAAGCAUAAUUCUGGAUCUGUUACACACACUGUAGGUUGGCCAGCCGAUAUACAUACUUAUUGCGGUAGUUUUAUCUACCAUUUUGAACCAGAACGUCACCUUGUCGCUCUUGGUUUAGUGGUUGGUUUGGACUACUCCAACCCUUAUUUGAACCCUUACAAGACAUUCCAACAAUUCAAGCAUCAUCCUUCAGUUAAGAGUCUUUUGGAAGGUGGUAAAUGUAUUUCUUAUGGUGCAAGAGCAUUAAAUGAAGGUGGUUAUCAAUCCAUUCCUAAACUUGUUUUCCCUGGUGGUGCCCUGAUUGGUUGUACUGCUGGUUUCUUGAAUGUACCUAAAAUCAAGGGUACUCACACUGCCAUGAAGUCAGGUAUGCUUGCUGCUGAAUCUGCUUAUGAAAAGAUCUUUGGCGAGCAGGAAUUAGAAGGCCCUGUCAUGUUGGACAAUUAUGAAGAGAGCAUUAAGAACUCUUGGGUGUACAAGGAACUCUAUGAAGUACGUAAUAUACAACCUUCUUUCCAUAGCUCCUUGGGUCUUUGGGGUGGUUUAGCUUACUCUGGUCUUGACACCAUGUUCUUGAAGGGUCGUACUCCUUGGACAUUUAAGCACAAGAAGGCUGAUUGGGAAUGCAUGAAGACUGCUGCUGAAUCGAAGCCUAUUGAUUAUCCCAAGCCCGAUGGUGUUAUUUCAUUUGAUUUGUUGACAAGUGUGUCUCGUACUGGUACUAACCAUGCUGAAAACCAACCUGUUCAUUUGCGUAUUCGCGAUAAGGACAUCCCUGUUGAAAGAAACUUGGGUGUUUUUGAUGGCCCUGAAAACAGAUUCUGUCCAGCCGGUGUCUAUGAAUAUGUGGAGGAUGAAAACAAGCCUGGAGAAAAACGCCUUCAAAUCAACUCUCAAAACUGUAUUCACUGUAAGACUUGUGACAUUAAGGAUCCUUCACAAAACAUUGAUUGGACUGUUCCUGAAGGUGGUGGAGGACCCCAAUAUGUUUGGACUUAA